AAUACUCGUAAUAAAUUUUAGAUUUAAAAUUUUCUUUUAAUUUGUUUUUAGCUUUAUAUAUUUAUUGGAUUAAAUUUCAGGCUAACGUUUACUUUAAUUUGUCAAUGAAAAAGUUCUUCAAAUUUUAGGAAAGGAAAAAAAUUUAAACGAAAUUAAAUAAAAAAAGCCAAAAAAAAAAAAAAAUGGUCAGUACCAUAGAAAAACGAGUUUGCCACAAAUACAAAGUUACAACCACAAACCCAAUCUUCCCGGCUCCGCCACUGUCCCCUCCUUUGCUCCUUCGCUCUCAAUGUCUCUCUUUUGCUGGUUUGUCAAGCCGCGACUCAAGCAAACGUGAAGAAGACCAAAAGCAACAUUUUCUCCUCUUAGAUACCGAUUUUAUCAAACACUUUUGAAACAAACGCACACUUGUUUUUGGAUCUUUUUUAAUGGCUGCCACUACUUCUCUAUCUGUACUACCUUCAUCUCUUAGUUUCCCAACUGAACGCCCUUCAAACGCUUCCCAAUCUUCCUCUGGUUGUUCUUCUGUUUUCUUCUAUGGUGGGAUCCGUCUCAGGUCCUAUGACAGCUUUGCUUGUGUGAGUUCCUCUUCUUUUUCAACUUGUUCUUGGAGAUUGAAUAAUGGCAAGAUUGGUAAUCAGCGUUUUCGGGUGGUGGUGGCUGCUUCUGGGGAUUAUUAUGCUACUCUUGGAAUAUCCAAAUCAGCUUCCAAUAAAGAAAUUAAGGCUGCUUAUCGUCGAUUAGCUCGUCAGUAUCAUCCUGAUGUCAAUAAGGAACCAGGAGCAACUGAAAAGUUUAAGGAGAUUAGUGCUGCGUAUGAGGUGCUAUCAGAUGAUAAAAAGAGAGCUUUGUAUGAUCGAUACGGUGAAGCUGGAGUUAAGAGUGCUGUAGGGGGACAGUCCAGUGCUUAUACGACUAAUCCCUUUGAUCUCUUUGAGACAUUCUUUGGACCAAGUAUGGGUGGUUUUCCUGGCAUGGAUCAAACUGGAUUCAGAACAAGCCGUCGUAGUACGGUUACUAAAGGUGAUGAUAUACGUUAUGACAUUACUCUAGAGUUUUCGGAGGCUAUUUUUGGGGCUGAAAAGGAAUUUGAGCUUUCCCAUUUAGAAACAUGUGAAGCUUGUCUUGGUACUGGAGCAAAGGUUGGGUCAAAGAUGAGGAUAUGCUCAACUUGUGGUGGAAGGGGUCAAGUUAUGAGGACUGAGCAGACACCCUUUGGUUUGUUUUCACAGGUUUCUGUUUGUCCAAAUUGUGGCGGGGAUGGUGAAGUCAUUUCUGAAUACUGUCAAAAAUGCUCUGGUAAAGGAUACAUACGAGUUAAGAAAAAUAUCAAAGUCAAAGUUCCUCCUGGAGUUAGUGCGGGCAGUAUACUCAGAGUUGCAGGGGAGGGCGAUGCUGGACCAAGAGGGGGCCCUCCAGGAGAUCUUUACGUAUAUCUUGAUGUUCAAGAGGUAACAGGAAUCCAAAGAGAUGGCAUAAAUCUUUCUUCAACAGUGUCCAUUAGUUACGUUGAUGCCAUACUGGGGUCUGUUGUCAAGGUGAAAACAGUGGAAGGAGUAACUGAACUACAGAUCCCACCUGGCACUCAGCCUGGGGAUGUAUUAGUCCUUGCAAGGAAAGGCGCACCAAAGCUGAACAAACCUUCUAUACGUGGUGACCAUUUAUUCACAAUUAAAGUUACCAUACCAAAUAGAGUAAGUGCCAAAGAGCGAGAAUUGCUUGAGGAACUUGCCUCUCUGAGUAAUACAACCGGCGGCAGCCGCUCACGAACUCGCCCUAGAACUCAGCCUGCCACCAAUACUACCGAAUAUAAGGUUGGUACGGAUACAGAGAAAACUGAAGGAGCAGCAGAUCAGAAUGAUCCGUGGACAAAGUUAAAAGAUUUUGCAGGGUCUGUUGCAAAUGGUGCGCUUAAAUGGCUGAAAGACAACCUGUAAUCUGAUUUCUGGAUUAGGUUAAGCCUAAAGUCAGCAACACCUGCCCUUCAGUACUAUAUUGCUAAAUAUUUUUUCAUCCGAGGGUUCUCAAGGACCGUGGGAUCGCAUAGUUGGGGGUUAGCUUUCACUGCAAUUUACCUGGUAAUAGGAAAAAGAAAACGGCAUUGAGCAAAUUGCAAAUUGCAACCUAGUGGAAAUUCUUUUAAAUUUUUUUAAUGCAAAUUAAGUAUUUGAAAAGUUGAUAAAGUUGUCCUCACUCAGUGCCAUCCAUCUCUAGUAUCGACUAUAGAGCAGUUGGGAGGCUGUAACACCUGACAUGGUGAAUGUAGUAAAUAUUUGUAUACUACUGUAUUUCUCUCUCAGCUA